AUGCACAUUUUCAAAAGAAGCGACCGUCUCCCUCUCCGUCACCGGCACCCCAGUUUGCUUUCUAAGGGCGUUGGUCUUGGUGGUGAUCAACGAGCAGGGAAGGAGUCGGAAGGAAAAUCAACAUUGUUGCUGCCACCAGUCCCGUCUAGCAUGUGUUUAACGGAGGUUAUUAGAUGUUGUCUCCGGUCUUCAAUCUGUAGGGAAAAAAUAGGUUACGUCAUCAACUACAAAUCAGAAACCUGCAACUCUUUUAUGGGUGUAAUCCGGCCAGGAUUGGAAUGA